AUGUCAGAACACGUCACCCAUGCCGGGAUGGGCCGGGACUCAAUCGAAGACAUUGAAAUACAAGCAACUUCGUCAAAUCACACGCAACUUCCAUCCAAUCUAUCCUCCUCCAACCUCGAACUGCCGAUCCAAUCGUAUGAAGUUCCAGAAGAUAUGACCAUUUCCGAGUUCCAAGAUGAAGAUGUUUGGUCUCUCAUCGAACCUGCCAUCAGCCCUGUUGCAACCCGACUCAGGUCUGCAAAUACACCGGCAACAGAAAAGGCCGCUGCGAUGGAGGAGGGUGGGGGUUUUUUCGAUAGCGACGUAGAGACACCUCCAGCCACGGCCAUGAACGAAAAUCGAAUUGAUCCUGUAGAAGAAACGGUAUACGAACCACCAACAAGUGAUGAAGAUUCAGGAGAAGCUGGACCAGACAAAGUACAACGAGGUUCUGCAAAAAAUGGAUUAUACUUAGAGAAAUUGCCCUUCAGACUCGAGACGCCAGCCAUCCCAUCACCUUGGCAUGCAGCCCCGAAAGUCCCUAACGUACAGCAAAGUCAAUCAUCAUUGGCAGGCGUAUUUAGCAGUGCCAGAACUCGGUCGCGCUCUGGUAGUACGGAGGCACUGAAGAAGUUCUUACCUAGUCUGCCCUCUAUGGCACAAGUGGGAAACCUUUUUGGAUCAUCUAGUUCCCAAAGGCCCAGCUCCAGAGAUGCUUCUCCAUCGAAUGAGUCUAGGUAUGGCCGGUUUGCUCGCUCAGCUACCAUGUCUGUUUGUAGUAGCCAAUCUCCGCCUAGCAAGUCUACUACUAAACCUCAUGCCCAUGGACCCAUAAUCGCAGCUCGGCCCCAUCUGUCAACAAUGCAAAGUGCCACAGUAACCCAAAGACCCAAAGCUGUAAGGCGAUCAACGUCGAACGAUUCAUUACUUUACCAUUCCUUAUCAAGGGCCUCAUCUCUUGGUGAUGACACUCGAUUCGAAAGCCAACAUGAUCAAGUCAACUCACGUGUGAAAGCCAUCAGGGACUCUUUACAGGAUCGAUCUAGCUUCAAGAUGCCACAGUUGCCAAGCAUGCCCAGUAUUCCAAGUAUGCCCCGUGUUUCCAGUUUCGGUUUCAACAAGAGCUUUUUGAAUGUCAACAAUGUACCUGCCAGAUGGAGACCAGAAACUGAUAUGUUACCAGGGGUUUUACCAGGAACUAUAACCAAGAAGAAGCCUUCUGGCGCAAUUACCCAGCCUACCGUGGCCUCUGGAAUGGUUGGGGCUGCAGUUUCGCAGCCAGAGGCGGCUAUUGAUACUGCUAGACCUCUUGGCGAUGGCUCUAGUGCUUUAGACCGGGCCAUGGAGACUCUCACUGGAGACGUAGUGAUGAUGGGUGGCUAUAGAGGUUCGAUACUCCGGUCAGCGAAAACGCAACGUCAAGUCUGGGUCCCUGUCAAAGUGGGUCUAAAUAUUCGGAAAGUCGAUUUGGAGGUAGGCCUUGACCCAGAAGACGAAGAGAGGAUGGAAGAGACAAUUUACCCAUCGGGAAUGCUUCAAAAUAUCGGCCCCGUCGAUAUAUCGAAACGUUUAUUCAAGCGCCUGAGCGAAUGCGAGAAUGCGAAGAAUGGCAAGUUGAGAGUUUGGGACUAUGGUUAUGAUUGGCGGUUAAGUCCGCAUCUGUUGAGUAAACGACUCAAGAAAUUCCUGGAGGGAUUGCCCUCCAAUCAACCAUCAAAAGAUGACUCAAUCAAAGGGAACGGUGGUGCCUUGGUUAUUGCACACAGUCUGGGCGGUUUGAUCACUCGCCAUGUGGUCAACGAGUGCCCAGAGCUAUUUUCCGGUGUCAUCUAUGCCGGUGUGCCCCAAUCAUGUGUGAACAUUCUGGGCCCAAUACGAAAUGGCGAUGCUGUUUUGUUAAGUUCACGGGUCCUCACAGCUCAAGUCAAUUUUACGUUAAGAACAAGUUUUGUCUUACUGCCUGAAGAUGGCAGCUGUUUUGUUGACAUAAACACCAAAGAAAAGUACCCGGUGGACUUUUUUAGCUUGGAUGAUUGGAUCAAGUACCGCUUCUCGCCUUGCACUGACCAGCCAUUACCCCCUCGAAAUCAACAAAGCAGCGCCCUUGGUAGCUUACUCAACAUGUCAAGUAGUCUUUUAAAUUUGCCAAUACCUGGCAAGAAAUCAAUCUCUGCAGUCUCGAGCCCCAAUUCGCCAAACUUUCCCGCCAAUGGCUUCGAAGAUAAUAGAAGCCAUUCUCCACCCACGAAGACUACGCGUGCAGCUGACAUCCUGCAUAAUCUCGAAGGAGGGAACGACCGCACUCUCGCGCCUCAAAUGGGCAGCAACAGCAACCCAAUGAACAAGGGCCAAAGCACCUCUCAAUCCGUCUCUACAGCCGUUACCCUACCGCGGGACAAAGCCAUCGCCUACUUGAAGCGUACACUCGCCGAAACGCUUAAGUUCAAGAAAGAAUGCCACUACAAGCCUGAACUGGGGGAGACGAAUAGAUACCCUCCACUAGCGCUGAUAUACGGGAAGGGUAUCCCAACGUGUAAUGGUGCCAAGGUUGAUGGGAGAGAAGGCAUUCCGUGCUCGGAUGUCUAUGAUAAUCUGUCGUUUGCUAGUGGUGACGGCGUGUGUCUUGCCAAAGAAGCAAUGCUACCGCCGGGUUAUAAGGUUGCGUAUGGAGGGAGGGUCAACAGUGAUAGGGGACAUGUGACGUUACUUGGGGAUCUAAAUGCGGUCGGGAUGGCGAUGGAGGCUGUUAUGAAGGGAAGGGCGAAGGGGAUUGGGUUGGGGGUGGUGGAAAAAGGUGAUGCUUGA